AUGUUUAUCCACAGUAUAUUCAUCAUCAAACCGGCCGACCAGAAUAUUCUCUACAGCCGACACUUUGUGGCGGAGGCCAACAGCGAGGAGGCGGACGAGUGGCAGGAAGCCCUCUACAACGCCACGGCCGUCACAUGGACCCAGCUCAAGCCCGAGGAGCACCUCAUUGCCGUCGUCCACAACAAGUUAGUGGUGUAUACGCUCGUGGGCGAGGUCCUCAUAUUCGUCGCCGGCCAGGAGAACAACGCUGACGAACUCGGCCUGUCGGAUGUGCUGCAGGCGAUUGUGAACGUGUUGAACGAGCUGGGCAAGAAGAAGGGCAAGCUGGUCACCGAGGAAGGCAUCCUCUCGCAGUACGCCAAGGUGUGCAUGUCCCUCAAUUCCAUCGUCCAAGCCAAUGGAGUGGUGAACCUGCUGGAUGUGGAGGAGAUCCGAGGGACGGUCAACCUGAAGCCCGAGGAGGUGCGCGCCAAGAAGCUGCAGCGGGAGCAGAAGGAGCUCAAAAAGCUGCCCAGGCCGCCGCCUCCGGCCUUCCCGCUACUCGACUGCUUCGAGAAGCAGAACGCCGCAGCCGCCGCGGCCAAGUCCCAGCCCGAGCCCUGA